ACGGGCAGAGCUGUGUGGUUUGGUUUUCCUCUUCCCCAACCCCAUCAGUCCUGGGCUGGCUGCCCGCUCUUUUCCCCACAGAGCUGGGUUUCCCUGGGGACCAAUGGCUUGGCCUAGCCCCAUACCCACAGCCCCCUCCUGACCACAACUCACGCUAGAAGGAGGGCCAGACCCUCCUGGACCCUGGCCCUCCCUGCCCUGCCGUCCAAAACCCAAUAGUCUCUCUCCAUUGCUGAGCUAGGAGCAAGGAGCAAUGACUCCCUCAAAAGGAGGUAGGUAGCUAGGGGUUGCUAGUCAGGGUAGUGGCCAAGGCUGGGGCAAGACCCUUGUCACUCCCAUUGGAGGAAGGAGGACCCUGGUUCCUAGGGUUUGGCACAGACUUGGAUGUCUUCCCUAGGGAAAUGGAGAGUCCAAAGUCUCUCCUGGGGAAGAAAGGGAAGUCUGGGGCGGGCCAGAGUCUCUGCAGCUGCAGGGGACAUGGAGAAUGGCAGACAGACACUAGGGCACAGAGGGUCUCGGUUCCUAUGCCUGGAAGCCUCAAAGGGAGACAGAUGCUAUCCAGAGUACAUACAAGUUCUGAGCUCCCCAUAUAGAACUCUUACAGGACCCCCCCCCACACACACACACACCUCUCAAGAUGCUGCCAAUUCCACCCACUCCUUUGUCAGUGUCCACACCUGUACCAGUAUUCCAUCUCCCCUGCAGGUCCUGAAGCUGUCCAGCUGACAUGGCAGCUCCAGCAUCUCUGAAGACCAAAGGGGGUCCAGUCCUGCAGGGGACUUCAUAGACCUUGGACAGCUGGACAGCCUGCCAUCUGUGCUCCCGCUAGCCAGGCCAGAUCUCAGGCCGUUCACCAUGGGUGGCUGCUUCUCCAAGCCCAAGCCAGUGGAACUCAAGAUUGAAGUGGUGUUGCCUGAGAAAGAGCGGGGCAAGGAGGAGCUGUCAGCCAGCGGAAAGGGCAGCCCCCGGGCUUACCAAGGCAACGGCACAGCACGCCACUUCCAUGCUGAAGAGCGUCUGCCCACCCCACAGCCCUACCCCAGCCCUCAGGACUGUGUGGAGGCUACUGUCUGCCAUGUCAAGGACCUCGAGAAUGGCCAGAUGCGGGAAGUGGAGCUGGGCUGGGGAAAGGUGUUGCUGUUGAAGGACAAUGGGGAAUUCCAUGCCCUGGGCCAUAAAUGUCCUCACUAUGGAGCACCCCUGGUGAAAGGUGUACUGUCUCGGGGCCGUGUGCGCUGCCCCUGGCAUGGGGCCUGCUUCAAUAUCAGUACUGGGGACUUAGAAGACUUCCCAGGCCUGGACAGUCUGCAUAAGUUCCAGGUGAAGAUUGAGAAGGAGAAGGUGACUGUCCGGGCAAGCAAGCAGGCCCUGCAGCUGCAGCGAAGGACAAAGGUGAUGGCCAAGUGUAUAUCUCCAAGUGCUGGCCACAGCAGUAGCACCAAUGUGCUCAUAGUGGGUGCAGGUGCUGCUGGCCUGGUGUGUGCCGAGACACUGAGGCAAGAGGGCUUCUCAGACCGGAUCGUCCUUUGCACCCUGGAUCGACAUCUGCCCUAUGACCGGGCCAAGCUCAGCAAGUCCCUGGAUGCACAACCAGAACAGCUGGCCCUAAGGCCCAAGGAAUUCUUCCGGGCCUAUGGCAUCGAGAUGCUCACUGAAGCCCAGGUGGUCACAGUGGACGUGAGGAACAAGAAGGUUGUGUUCAAGGAUGGCUUCAAGCUGGAGUACAGCAAGCUGUUGCUGGCACCAGGAAGCAGCCCUAAGACCCUGAACUGCAAAGGCAAAGAUGUGGAGAAUGUGUUCACCAUCCGCACACCCGAGGAUGCCAAUCACGUGCUGCGGCUGGCCCGUGGCCGCAAUGCUGUUGUUGUGGGAGCAGGCUUCCUGGGGAUGGAGGUGGCUGCCUAUCUAACUGAGAAGGCCCACUCAGUGUCUGUCGUGGAGCUGGAGGAAACACCCUUCCGGAGGUUCCUGGGGGAACGUGUCGGUCGUGCCCUUAUGAAGAUGUUUGAAAACAACCGUGUGAAGUUCUAUAUGCAGACAGAGGUGCUGGAGCUUCGGGCUCAGGAGGGCAAGCUGCAGGAGGUGGUACUGAAGAGCAGCAAGGUUCUUCGGGCAGAUGUCUGUGUGGUUGGCAUUGGUGCAGUGCCUGCCACAGGCUUCCUGAGGCAGAGUGGCAUCGGUCUGGAUUCCCGAGGUUUCAUCCCAGUCAACAAGAUGAUGCAGACCAACAUCCCAGGCGUGUUUGCCGCUGGUGAUGCCGUCACCUUUCCUCUUGCCUGGAGGAACAAUCGGAAAGUGAACAUUCCACACUGGCAGAUGGCUCAUGCCCAGGGGCGGGUAGCAGCUCAGAACAUGCUGGCACAGGAGGCAGAGAUCAACACAGUGCCCUAUCUGUGGACUGCCAUGUUUGGCAAGAGCCUCCGCUAUGCGGGCUACGGAGAAGGCUUCGACGAUGUGAUCAUUCAAGGGGAUCUGGAGGAGCUGAAGUUUGUGGCUUUUUACACCAAAGGUGAUGAAGUGAUUGCUGUGGCCAGCAUGAACUACGAUCCCAUCGUAUCCAAGGUGGCUGAAGUGCUGGCCUCAGGUCGAACCAUCCGGAAGCGGGAGGUUGAAACCGGUGACAUGUCUUGGCUCACAGGGAGAGGAUCCUGAGCUCUCAUGUGGUGGAUUUGGGCAGGCCUCUGGGCACCAAGGUCAGAGACCAAGUCCUGGGGGCCAGUGCCAAUCUCCUAUUUCCCAGGAUACCCCAGGGUGGAAUCUGAGUCCUCUCAAGGCUUGCCUUCAACUGUCUGCCUCCCCUCCAAAGAGGCUCCUGCUGUCUCCAGAAGAUGGUCCCUCCCAAGGCUCAGCUGUUGUUGACAGCUGGUUUUAGAGGCAGGACAGGCUCUGCCUGUUUCCUCUCUUAGGACUGUCUUCCCAGCAAGAGCCUGUAACAUUACCUUAAAAUUAAAACACAUGUAUCUACA